AUGGCAUAUCCAUAUUCUCAUUACUACAUUCCAUACACUCCAUACAUUUCAUAUCAACCACAACCACACAUAAUUUCUAUUUCACCUCAACAAUCAUCUUCUACCUUCUAUAAACAUUCAAGUUACCAUAGCUACCAACCUCAAUCUCAAAAUUUCUAUUCACAACUAGAAACUCUCAAACAAUACUUGAUUGAAACUCAUGAAAUCGAAAACAAAUCUAGAGAAGAGAUGAAGGAACUGAUUCAAAAAUUUGGUGACUCUCUCAAAGCAACACAGGAAAGGAAAUUGUUUGAUAAAGUCAGUCACUCCUCUACUAAAGUUGAGAAGGAAAUUUUCAUUUCCAAUAAUGUAACCAACACAUCACAGCCUUUACUGGUUGACUCAUCUUUGAACACUAGCAGUGAAGUGGAACUUGAUCCCGUAGUGGAAAAGGGCACUUCUUUUGAGGAUAAAGAGGAGAUGCAUGUCCCUUGUAUCAGUAAUUCUCCAAAGAUUUGUCAACAGCUAACGAAGGUCAUAACAUGA